UUUUUAGCUUGCAUUACGGCGAUCUCCAGCCUGGAAAAUAACAAUGGGGAAUGCACUAAAUACAUUAACACUUCUGACGUUGAUGAUGCUGGCUCACUCAUGAAUGAAUUCCCUAUCAGGAUGGAUUCCGAACCCCUGGCGGUGCGCAUUGCUGUUCGCCAGUGUAUCAACACCCUCUCCACGUCCCAGGACCCUACUGAGGUCACCGAUGCACUCCGUACAGCUGGACGCUAUUUGUCUGGGACUGAAGAUGACCCUCCUGCCUGUCAGAGGGAAGAGUUUGCCAGGGUGCACUACACCAGACUCCUGCAGUUCCUCACAAACAACCUCAAUGCCCAUUGGCUGGAGCUGCUAACCCCAGAGCAGCACAUGGAUCUGUGGGGCAGUUUGUUCUUAAACGGACCUCCAGACCAAGUUUUGCUGGUGCUGCUAGAUUGUGUGAACUCUUGCAGCCUGAGCUCUGGGUUGGAGAGGGGCCUGGAUGUCCUUGAGUGUUUCCUGCAGCGUGGUCGGCUCAAUGCCCUGCUUUGGGCCACGUGUCAGGGGCCUCCCCCCGCCAACUCCCCGCAGCUUCGUGACGCCCUGCUGAGCCGCCUUGUUGCCCUGCCUGACCUCCUUGCCAACCGCCUCCAGCAGCACACUCGCCCCGCAUUCCAGCCGCUCCACUACUACCCCCUGCUGGCCAGGGAGCUCUCUGUGGCGCUGGAGAAGACCUGUCAGGCUCUCCGGGAUGGAGUAGACUGCUCCCUGUGCUUCCUGGCUCAGCUCCUAGGGAAGGCCUGUGUUCAGGGACAUGGCGAGGAAAUGUUUGGUGUGCUAGUGCCCCGCCUCUCAGCACUCACCCAAUCAGAUUUUGUGUGGAAGAGGGUCUGCUGGCGGUUGUUUGAGAGCGUCCCAGACCGAUGGAUGGAGGGUGUGGUUUCGGGUUUGGUUCAGACUGUGGACGGGUCAGCCGCCCUCUCCCGCUUGCUGGGGAACGUGGUUCUAAAAAAUAAAAAGGCCCAGUUUGUUAUUACAAACAAACUCCUAUUCCUGCAGUAUAAAUACAAGACCCCCAUGUUGCAGAGCCUGCUGGGAUACCUGGCACAAGACAGUGAACGACGUCCUCUUCUCAUUCAGGUGUUGAAGGCUCUGUGUGGCACUUGGUCAAGCUGCAGCACGGUAAAGCACUCCCCCAUUGAGCAGCAGCUUUACAUCAGCAAGGCUCUGCUGAUCUGUCUGGGGCUUGUGAGAGACAGCGAGGUGCUGGAGCAUAGGGAGGAGCUCCUGCAGUGCAUGUUGUCAGGGAUGCAGUGCCACCUGGACAGCAGCGUCCCACGAGUGCACCGCCUGGGCAUGGUGGUGGGAGAGAGUCUGAGCGCCAGGCUGGACCCGGGGGGCACUCGGCUCCAAUUCCAGUACGAGUUGGACACUGAAACAAAAGAGCUUCUCUCUCUACUGUCUCCGCUCCCUGCCUAUCAAGAGCCCCCUGAAACUCUGCCUCCUGACAGCAGGACAGAGCCUCCUCCUAAGAGCCCCAGCUCAGAGAGGGAGGAGGGGAAAGCAGGGGUGCCAGCGGCUCGGCCACUCAAACAGCACAGCUCGGAUUCGGAGUUGGACAGUGAUGAUGAGCUCACUCCCUACGACAUGACGAGAGAUGGGGAGCUGGGAGAAGCCCUCGCCCCACAGUACAUCAGGGACUGUCUGGAGGCCCUGACCAGCUCAGAGGACCCUGGGAAGGUGGAGGUCUCCCUUAGAGCUGCAGAGGGGCUAAUUCAGAAGAAUCCUGCAGCCACCAGAGAGGUGAGCGUGGAGCUGGUGAAAGUGCUGCUUCACCUGGAGGACCGGUUCAACACACAGGGAUUCCUGAGGCUGCGUCAGAGAGCCAUGGUGUCUCUCACUGUCACUGACACCCUCGCGGUUACAGGGUACCUGACUACAGAGUUCUACUCCCUGAAUUACAGCCUGCACCAGCGACUGGACAUCCUGGAGGUUUUGGCUCUGGCAGCACAGGAUCUCUCUCAACCAACCUCUGCAAACUUUGCCCCCUCCAGCCAUAAUCCGCCUCCUUUGAUACAGCCUAUUUCUAUGAAGACGGCCCCUGACCUCCAAGGCACCGCCCAGCACUGGAGGCAGGUCGUGGACCAGCGAAUCGAAAGCAAGACCAGGCGGUUUGGCAAGGGAGCCCCCAGGACAGGUAGCAGUGCUGCUCCAAACCGCUUCGCUCCAGUCGCUGGCUACUUCUUCUUCCCCCUGCUCCGCAACUACGACAGACCACAGGUGACCUUUGACCUGCUGGGAAGUGACCACCUGGUCUUGGGUCGGCUGGUCCACACUCUGGGGGUCCUGAUGUACUUUGCUGUCAACGCCCCGGUGGCCACUCAGAUGGGGAAAGCUCUGCUGGACUUCGUUUGGGCCAUUCGUUACCACACAGACCCGGUGGUUCGGCAAGGGGUCCUUUUUUCUGUCUAUGCUGUGCUGCUGAGCGUGCCCAAUGAGCGAGUCUUUUCAGAGCUGAGUGAUGAAAUGCUGGAGGCCAGGGCAUGGCUAGGAGCCCCCUGAAGAGGACAUUUCCAGUAAUCAUUUCCAAUGCUGUAGUAUUCCCGCAAGAACACACAAGGAACUUGUUUGUUUACUCCUGUUUUUUUUAUUUAAAAUGUGUAGUUCCUGAGGAAGCCCUCCUUUCCAGUGUGACUCUAAUGUACAGUUUGGUAGUGCUAGUCUAAACAACAAAAAUAAAUGGAGCAACUUGUCUGGCACUAACACUAAUAAUAGUAUUAGAAAUAUAAUUGAAUACGUGUGGCAUAGACUUUGGUUUGUUGGUAUAUCACACUUUUACUGUUAUGAUAACAACCACAUUGUUAAUUAUAAAAUAGUUCAAACAUAAAACAUUGUGUCCAUUAUGUAUGUCAGCCUGGAAAGGGGGUGCUGCAGGUUGGAUGCCAGGACACUUGUGGCGAGUGUGAAUUGAGAGGAAGCCUUGUGAAACUGGUUGAGGAUGUGAGCCAAUAGCCAGUGGCAGGAUAUCCUCCGCCACACUGACUCAGUGGCACUCAGAUUGCUCUGGAGCCUCCUCACUAGGAGGUUAAGAAGUCUCAGUUUAUUUAUUGACUGUGUUCAAAGCCUAACACCUCUAGUGAUUGCAAGCAGGUAGAGAAAGCUGUUUUGUUUAAACUUUCUAGGGUCUAUAUAGUUACGUCAUUUCCUUUAAUUUUAAGGUAGUGUAUUCUGAAAAAUAAAAUUGUAGGUGAUGUUUAUGGGUUGUUUGAACAAAUGACUUACUUUUAACAGCAGGAGUCAGGCCUCUGGUUAGUUAGGCUAAUGAAGGCAAAAUCUUUUUACAUUAGUUCACAAGAUGGUAGUUCAGUAAGAUCUAUAAGUAGUCUUGAUUUUUAGUAAGCAUUGACUCCGGUACAAAGUUUACAUCAUGCUUUUCUGUCUGGAAUAAUUAACUUGUGAGUCUUACAUGGUUGGUGAUGGAGGGCACUCAGAAAUUAUGAGUCAAUCUUGAUUUUUACUACAUACAAUGACAUUACCUCAGAUUGCAGAAGGAUUAUAGGUAACAAACCAUCGAAGGGAGAUGUUAUGUUAACUAUUUCUAAAGUCUUUAUUUUGUUCAGAUUCAGAAAAUACAUACUUUGCCUGGAUAUCUCAUUCUUUGGUGGUGUACUGAGCACAUGAAAUUGGCAUGAGUAAUAUACACCAAGGGCUGCAUAAUUCGAAUUGGAAAAGUGAAAGUGGCCUAGUGUCAGCUUAGAGCACAUAGUACCCCAAAACAAAUAAAACAAUUUACACAGACAGGCAAAUCAAGCAGCUAAAAGUCUGUAAAAUCUUACAUCAAACAUCAGGAUUUUAGGGACUGAGGAUGAUGUAGGUAUGAUACAAUUUAGCUGUAUUUUUGUGGUAACUACAAACCUAUGAAAACUUGUCACCAAUGAAAAGUUCACACUGACAAAAAAAAAAAAAAAAAAAAAAAAAGC